CCCAACAAGAACUUGCUCUAUAUCUCAUCUCACCAUUUUAAUUCAUCUAAUGAAUUAACUUGGCUUUAAAUUCUUCCCACUUUUUUUUUUUUUUUCCUUAAAUCCUCCAAUUAGAUUUUGAAUUUAAUUGACUUAUCCUGUGAUAAAAAUAAAAAAAUCCUCCAAUUUUACCAAAAAUUUUGCCUCUAUAUUUUGAGAUCAAAACAUAAAUUUGCACGCAAAAAUCCUCCCAUUUCAAGCAUUUCGAAGAAAAAUCUUCAUUUUCUAAAUAGAGCAAGUAAAGAUUAGAUCCCUUUUGAAAAAUUUGAGGAUCUUGUACAAAAUUUUUAUUUUACGCCUUAUUUAUAAUAAAUAUAUUUAUUAAAUUGAUAAAUUUAGCAUAUUUUUUUAUUAACUUUUUCAUAUACGGAUAUGGAUUACUUCUGCACACCCUCAAAGACCCUCCAGUAAAGAUCAAUGGUGCUUUAAUUAAGGUUGUAAGUUAGUAUAUUUGUUUGACUGAAAACAGAGUGAAAAAUAAAGAGAAAAAAACAGAGGAUGGAAUGGAAGAAAUGGGUAGAAGGUUCAGGACCAUUAAUGGGGAUGUUAAUAGUGCAAAUAAUAUCAACAGGAUUGCAAAUACUUUCAAGGGUUAUUUUGACACAAGGAACCUUCAUCUUUGCUUUAAUGGCGUAUCGUCAUCUUCUUGCUGCUUUUUGUAUUGCUCCUUUUGCAUUCUUUUUUGAAAGGGGAAAUGGAACAAAGUUGACCUUAAUGAUAGGAGUCUGGAUCUUUCUUAGCUCUUUAUCUGGGAUAACGAUGGGAAUGGGAAUGUUCUACUAUGGACUUAAAGACACAACAGCUACUUAUGCCACGAAUUUUCUUAACUUGAUCCCAAGUGUUACCUUUAUUUUUUCCAUCAUAACAAGAAUGGAGAAAUUACAUUUGAAGACAACCAAAGGAAAAGUAAGGAUCAUAGGAGCAAUGCUUUGCUUAGCAGGAGCUCUUAUUAUUAGUCUCUACAAAGGAAGCUUACUAAUUUCUGGACAACAUCAAGCUCGUCACCCAACUUUGACGAUCCCCAACAAAAUCAAGCCAGAUUGGACACAUGGCACAAUACUACUCGUCGCUAGUGUUUUAUCGUAUGCUACGUGGUUUAUAGUACAGGUGAAGUUGUUAGAGGCAUUUCCAUUUAAGUAUUGGGCAACAAUGUUAACAUGUAUAUCAGCAUCAAUCCAAACAGCAAUUAUUGGUCUUUGCUUAGACACAAGGAUUACAUCAUGGAAACUCGGAUGGAAUCUUCAAUUGAUUACCAUUCUUUACUCGGCAGUGUUAGCAUCAGCAGCAUCAUUCUGCUUGAUAUCAUGGGCAGUUUCAAGUAGAGGUCCUGCUUAUCCAGCAAUGUUGAACCCCUUAUCCCUAAUUUUUAUAGCCAUCAUUGAAGUUCUACUUCUUGGAGAAGAUCUUAGAGCAGGAAGUUUGAUUGGCAUGAUGGCAAUCAUAUUAGGCCUAUAUCUGUUCCUUUGGGGAAGUAAAAAAGAGAGGAAGAUUGAAACAUCCUUGCCAAAAUCAGUCAAUAGAUCAGAAGUCAAAUUAAACAAAAACAAUGAGUUAUUAUGUGCACAAUUGACAGCAACAGUUGUUCCAACUGCUUCACCUCUUAGUCAUGGCUCAGAUAACGACUAACAAUUUACAUGAUUUUAGUUGAUCGGGUUAAAUUUAGACAUCAUCGUAUGGUUCGUAGAUAGAAAACUCUGGCUUGUACGUUACCGGCAACAUGUUGCCCUAUAUGACAAUAAGGAUUUGAUAUUUGUUUAUUUAUCUUAUGCAAAAACUUGCCCUUUUUAAUGGGUUGUAUAUAGAAUUGUAAAACUUAUUAAUAUGUUUGACUCAUUUAUUUGUAUUGGUA